AUGUCGACCGAAUCUACACAGUCGCAGGCAUGCUGCAACACACCUGCGGUGGUCAGUAAAGGCUACCAGCCAAAGGGUGAUUAUAUUGAGGUAGACGGAUUGAAGACCUACCAGACCGGUCCCAAGGACGCAAAACAAGGAAUUCUAGUCGUCUACGACAUUUUCGGAUUCUUUAAUCAAACACUGCAAGGCGCUGAUAUCCUGGCUUACACCGACAGCCAGAAGUACCAAGUUUUCAUGCCUGAUUUCUUCGAGGGCAACCCAGCCGACAUCUCCUGGAUGCCGCCAGACACCAAGGAGAAGGAGCAAAAGAUGGGUGAGUUCUUCAAGUCGCAAGCUGCGCCUCCGAAGACACUGCCGCGCAUUCCGAAGAUUGUCGACGAACUCAGCCAGAAGAACGGCAUUGAGAAGUGGGCUAUCAUUGGCUUCUGCUGGGGCGGAAAGAUUGUCAAUUUGUCGUCCAUGGAAGGCACAAAGUUCAAGGUCGCCGCUGCGUGCCACCCCGCCAUGGUUGCUGGCGACGACGCCCCCGGCAUCAAGAUUCCCUACAUCAUGCUUCCUUCCGGCGAUGAGCCUAAAGACGAUGUUAAGAAGUGGGAGGAGGGUAUCAAGGUUCCUCACGUUGUAGAAUGGUUCCCAGACCAGAUUCACGGCUGGAUGGCGGCACGCAGUGACCUUGAGCAGGAGAAGGUUAAGAAAGAGUAUGAGCGUGGGUAUAAGAUGGUGUUGGACUUCUUCCACAAGCACAUGGGUUCCGAGGCGAAGCUCUAG